UUCACCUUUGGAGUAAUGUGGACAGAAGUUCUCAGAUUUGCAUAUUACAUCAACCGGAACCAGUGGCAUUAUCUUAAUGUUCACUUGAGUCAGAACUUGUACAAGAAAAACAAUGGGAGUCUGGUUAAAUAAAGAUGACUAUCGCAGAGACUUGAAAAGGGUCAUGCUCUGUUUCCUAAUAGUGUAUAUGGCCAUUUUAGUGGGUACAGAUCAGGAUUUUUACAGUUUACUUGGUGUAUCCAAAACUGCAAGCAGUAGAGAAAUAAGACAGGCUUUCAAGAAAUUGGCAUUGAAGCUACAUCCUGAUAAAAACCCGAAUAACCCAGAUGCACAUAGUGAUUUUUUGAAAAUAAACAGAGCAUAUGAAGUACUCAAAGAUGAAGAUCUGCGGAAAAAGUAUGACAAAUAUGGAGAAAAGGGACUUGCAGAUAAUCAAGGAGGCCAGUAUGAAAGCUGGAAUUAUUAUCGUUAUGAUUUUGGUAUUUAUGACGAUGAUCCUGAAAUCAUAACAUUGGAUAGAAGAGAAUUCGAUGCUGCUGUUAAUUCUGGAGAACUGUGGUUUGUGAACUUUUACUCCCCAGGGUGUUCACACUGCCACGAUUUAGCUCCCACAUGGAGAGACUUUGCUAAAGAAGUAGAUGGAUUGCUUCGAAUUGGAGCUGUUAACUGUGGUGAUGAUAGAAUGCUUUGCCGAAUGAAAGGAGUGAACAGUUAUCCCAGCCUCUUCAUUUUUAGGUCUGGAAUGGCUGCAGUGAAAUACCAUGGUGACAGAUCAAAGGAAAGUUUAGUGAAUUUCGCCAUGCAGCAUGUUAGAAGCACAGUGACAGAAUUAUGGACAGGAAAUUUUGUUAACUCCAUACAAACUGCGUUUGCUGCUGGUAUUGGCUGGCUGAUCACUUUUUGUUCCAAAGGAAGAGAUUGUUUGACCUCACAGACACGUCUCAGGUUAAGUGGGAUGUUGGAUGGUCUUGUUAAUGUAGGAUGGAUGGACUGUGCCACCCAGGACAACCUUUGUAAAAGUUUGGACAUUACAACAAGUACUACUGCGUAUUUUCCUCCUGGAGCCACUUUAAAUAACAAAGAGAAAAGUGGCAUUUUGUUUCUUAAUUCAUUGGAUGCUAAAGAAAUAUAUUUGGAAAUAAUGCAUAACCUUCCAGAUUUUGAACUACUUUCGGCAAACACACUAGAGGAUCGUUUGGCUCAUCAUCGGUGGCUCUUAUUUUUUCAUUUUGGAAAAAAUGAAAAUUCAAAUGAUCCUGAAUUGAAGAAACUAAAAACUCUACUUAAAAAUGAACAUAUUCAAGUUGGCAAGUUUGACUGUUCCUCUGCACCAGACAUCUGUAGUAAUCUCUAUGUUUUUCAGCCAUGUCUAGCAGUAUUUAAAGGACAAGGAACUAAGGAAUUUGAAAUUCAUCAUGGAAAGAAGAUUCUUUAUGAUAUACUUGCCUUUGCCAAAGAAAGUGUUAAUUCUCAUGUUACCACACUGGGACCUCAAAAUUUUCCUGCCAAUGACAAAGAACCAUGGCUAGUUGAUUUUUUUGCCCCUUGGUGUCCACCAUGUCGAGCUUUAUUGCCAGAGUUACGAAAAGCAUCAAAGCAUCUUUACGGUCAGCUUAGGUUUGGUACAUUAGAUUGUACAGUUCACGAGGGACUCUGUAACAUGUAUAACAUUCAGGCUUAUCCAACAACAGUGGUAUUCAACCAGUCCAACAUUCAUGAAUAUGAAGGACAUCACUCUGCUGAACAGAUCUUGGAGUUCGUAGAGGAUCUUAUGAAUCCUUCAGUGAUCUCCUUGACACCCACCACUUUCAAUGAACUAGUUAAACAAAGAAAACAUGACGAAGUCUGGAUGGUUGAUUUCUAUUCUCCAUGGUGUCAUCCGUGUCAAGUCUUAAUGCCAGAAUGGAAAAGAAUGGCCCGGACAUUAACUGGAUUGAUCAAUGUGGGCAGUAUAGACUGCCAACAAUAUCAUUCUUUUUGUUCCCAAGAAAAUGUUCGGAGAUACCCUGAGAUAAGAUUUUUCCCCCCAAAAUCAAAUAAAGCUUAUCAAUAUCAUAGUUACAAUGGUUGGAAUAGGGAUGCUUAUUCCCUAAGAAUCUGGGGUCUAGGAUUUUUACCUCAAGCAUCUAUAGAUCUAACACCUCAGACUUUCAAUGAAAAAGUUUUACAAGGGAGAAACCAUUGGGUGGUUGAUUUCUAUGCUCCUUGGUGUGGACCUUGCCAAAACUUUGCUCCAGAGUUUGAGCUCUUGGCUAGGAUGAUUAAAGGAAAAGUGAAAGCUGGAAAAGUAGACUGUCAAGCUUAUGCUCAGACCUGUCAGAAAGCUGGUAUCAGAGCCUAUCCAACUGUUAAAUUUUAUCCUUAUGAAAGGGCAAAGAGAAAUACUUGGGGAGAGGAUAUAGAUUCCAGAGAUGCAAAAGAGAUUACUACCUUAAUAUAUGAAAAAUUGGAAAACCUCCAAAAUCAUGGAAAGAGAAAUAAGGAUGAACUUUAAUGAUGUUGAAAAUGAAGAAAAAAUUGGAAAGAAAUUGACAGAAUACAUCAGAAGCCACACCUUUUCAGAAUGUUACUAUGUUCUGGAUGGGAAUAAAUGAACAUUAUCUUGGA